AUGACUCGGUCCCGCACUAAAGCCAAUGGAAACAAAUCUACUAUGUCCAGAAACACAUCUACUAUGUCCAGUGAAUCUUCUGACUCUCCCGAAAACCAACCCGAUACACUUCCUAAAAAAGCUAUGGUGGUUUUAACUAAACUGCCCCAGUACAAGAUAAAGGCUCUGCGGCCACCGACACCUGAGCAGUUUUACAGUGAAGAAGAUUCUAUGAGCAGCUCAGAUUCAGAUAUGCAGUGGGAACCGGGACGAGACUCGAGCGACUCUGAAUUUUCCUUGGCUAACAAGAUAACGAAAGAAAAGCUCAAGAAACGCAUCAAGAUCACUCACGCGUCCUGCAGUGCGAAUAAUAAUCUUUCAGCCGAUCCUGUGAUAAUAACCUCAACACAACAGCUCAGCCAGGCCAACACAGACAACACGAAAGCUCGACCCAAACUCCCAGAGGUAGAGCUCAAACUGGACAUGAUGGUGGUCGCACGGAAGAAGCCUCUGCGCUGGGAACGGGGCAAAAUCGUGGAGAUUGUGACAAAAGAGGACGGUCGGCUGAAAUACAAAGUUAGUUUCGAGGAGAAGGGGAAGAGCCUCGUUUCCAGGCACCACGUCGCUUUCGACAAUCCUCCAAAACUGAUCCAGCUCUACGUCGGUGCUCGUGUGGUCGUCCGCUGUCAGGUCAACAAGUACAGAUACUGGCCCGGGAUUCUAGCUGAGCUCCCCAACAGAAGCAAUCGGCUACGGUUUCUGGUCUUUAUUGAUGACCACACCCCAGUCUAUGUUGGACUACCAUUACUUCACCUGGUGUGCAAACAAUUGGAUAAUCCCCUCAUAGACGUGCCGGAAAGUGCCCACAGGGUUUUCAUGGAGCAGUACUUAAAGGAUUGGCCCUACCCUCAUCUCACCCAGUUCAGAGUGGGGCAGAACCUCAACGCAGAGUUAAACGGAGAGCAGAAGAGAUGCGAGGUGCUCGUCGUGGAUGGAAGCUUGAUUCAAGUUGUGUUCCAUGAAAGCCAGUUCAAGGAAUGGAUCCACAGAGGCUCCACACGCCUGGAACACAUGUGA